AUGGAUUCGGGGGAAAGCGGCGGAGCUCCGGGAGGAGGAGGAGGUGGUGGAAGCGGCGGCGGCAGCGGCUACGAAAGCGGCGGCGGGAAGAUCCGGACGCGGCGAUACCACCUGGCAGCGGCCUCCUCGAAGCCUUACCCGAGAAACAAGCAGGUGAGGGAGGCCGAGCGGGGGAGCAUGUGGUGAGCGAGACCGGCGGCUGGACGCAUAAUAUGGAGGAAGCGGCGCCGCCAGCCCCGGAAUUGGCCGGCGAGGCUCCGGCUCUGCCCUCACGGGCCCCCUGGGAGCCGCCGUUGUCGGCCUGAGAAAUGGCCAGGCCAUAUUCUGGGUGGGCGAACUACCUGGUACCUCGAGGAGGAAGAGAAAGCAUUUUCUGCCCCCCCUUCUUCUUCUGAGGGGCAGAGAAGGGGAAGUGUGUGGGGUCUAUGUGGGGGGGGGAGCGUUGAUUUCCGAGGGCGAUCCCAGCGAUAUGAAUGACUCAAGUGCAGGUGGGGGGGAUGUUUAGAGGGGUGGGAUUCCCCUUCUCCGGUUUUGAGGCGCGCGCUUGGGUUCCAUGAGAUUUCUCCCCUUCCUGGAUUUCUGUUACGGCGGGAAGAAAAGGAAGGAAGGGGAGGGCAGGCAAAGGGGAAAACGUGCCUCCUGCGAAUCAAGGCGCCGAUUCGCUGUUGUGCGAUGUCUCAAGCAAGUGUUUUUAGCGGGAUCCCUUGCUUUAAAGGUAACGCCGAAAAGGGGUAGGGUUUUAACCAUUGCACAAAUCGCACAUCCCCUUUCCAGGCUUUAGGCUGCAGCCUUAGCCCCCACUUAACCUGGAAGUAAACCCCAUUGAAUUCAGUAGCAGUUAUUUCUGGGUAGAAAUGGUGAGGAUUGGAAUAUUGGGGUUAUACUUAAUGAGUCUGCACAGUGUCCACUGAGAUUUCCAAACCUGUCUUUUGACUUAGUUGGUAGUACUUUUUUUAAAGCAAAUCUGGUUAUGUUAGUGCUUUUAUGAAAAUGCAUGCAAAAUAUGAAUUGAUUAUUCAGGUGCUAUUUGAAUGCUAGCACAGGGAUCAAAUCAGCCUUUAAUAUAUUUUAGAAAGAACUUGAGUGUUAGUAAUUUAUGAGUGGCACAUGAAUUUGUUUUGUUUAACAAUUUAUAAAUGACAGCUUUUAAAAAUUGCUGCUCAUCCAGACAUGUAAGAUUUUGAAUAUUGGGUAUUCAGUGAAGUUUAUUCAGAGCAGACCUACUGAAAUUUAGAAACUUAAUUUAGCCAUGUCCAUUAAUGUCAGUGGGCCAGCUCCAAGUUGAAUUAAAAUGGGAUAAAACUCACUGUGUUCUAAAUUUUUAUUUUAAUAAAUUUAAAAUAUGUGAAAAUGGUUGUAGCAUGGAUUUUUUUCCAUGAUGGGACAAAGGUGAGAUACUAAUGAAACAAAUAGGUGAAGCAGAAUAUGCUGAUUUCAAUGUUAUUUUUAGGUCACAACCAAAGACAAUAUAGCUGUUGUGAGAAAUGCCUGAAGUUGUAGGUAAAAUGUGAAAGAAUAUAAAAUUUGAUCAAAAGCAAUUCAUGCUGUGUUCAGAAACACUGCUUUUGAAGCUAACUAGAAAUAUAAAUAAAAUUACACUGUGAAAAGCGGCUUCCUUUAUUGUAUUUGAAAAGCAUCAAACAUUUGCAAUGGGAGGUUAUUGGUCAGAUUAGCGUAGCUGUUGGGUUACAGCUACUAGUGUGAGCAGAAAGUAGGACAAACACCUAUACCUUUUAAUUAUUGUGUAGACGAAGGGAUUUCAGAUAAUUGAAGCUAGUUAUGUAGGGUGAGAAACCAUGACUACCAAAAUUCCAUCUUCUAACUAAUUAUUAAAGAUCACUGUUGUCAUUUGCAUGAUCUCACCCUGGUAUCUGUACUUUUGACAUAUUUAGUCGUUAGAAUGUAAUUGUUUAUAUAUUUAUAGCAAGGAGUUGUAUUGACUAAGUUCUACUCUGGAGUAUGCCUAUUUGAAAUUACCGUAACCUAUGCUAACCAUGCCCAUUAAUUUCAGUGAGUCUGCUCUGGGUAUUACUGAAGUUGGAUACAGUCCAUACAAUUUACCACCAUUACACUAUUUGGAUUAAAUGGGUGAGCAGUUAUGGGCAUGAUCUUUGUCAUCUUCUCUUUGCCUGUACAUAAAGCCCAACAGUGUUGCUAUUUCUCCAUACAUCUUUUGUAAUUGUUUCAGUUGUUCUAUUUUAUAUUAAGGUUCAGCUUUCGAAAUGAAGUUUUAAAAACCCCCACUUAUAUAGGGAAUAGAUUUCUUGAGAUUCCUGCCUCUGUGGUGGUGAAGACCAAUUCAGCAGUUCAUUUGUCUUCAACACAGUUCUGUUCUGCCCUAAUAUUUAUGCAACUGUCAUUUAAAGCCAAUUAGUUAGUUUUGGCCUUUGUUAAUGGAAUGUAUAAAUCUUGGAAGCCUAAAUCCUCAUAAACCUUGUUUUAAGAUUAAAUUUAGUAUCUUUAAUCCUGUUGGGAAUUUUACAAAUUAUGUUUGUGAGAGGAUUUUAAUAGUGCUGUAUUUCUGAACACACAAAAAAGCAAUACACAAAGAUUUGUGUGUGUGUAAACCCUAUUAAUUUUCUGGAUUUCCACUUUGUAAACCCAAUGAAAUGUAAGUGAAUUGACAACCACUAGGAAUUUCCUUGCUUGCUUUUUUCUGGACUUUUCUCUUGCAAAUCUUUACAAUAUACAAGCAGAUUCUACCGGUUUUAAUGAAACAUUUUGCUUUGCUUUAAGCACAUUCUUGCAUGUUUGCCAGCAAAGUGGUCCAAUAAAAAUUAUCCUAAUGUAAGCUGCUUCUUUUUAUGGAACCACCACCAAAGCAUCAUUUCAGGGUAACUUAUAGAAGCUAUAUAUUAUUCAAGUUGAGAAAUCGCUUGGAGUAAGUUCUUUCUGAUCAGUAGUAGAUUGAGAUAUCUUUGUACCUUGAGCACAAUCUCAUUCAAUACUUUGAUUUUGAGAUUCUUUUGGAGCAGAUAUUAGCCUGACCAAUUUAAAGCAUGUAAUAAUAACAAUAAUUUAUUAUUUAUACCCUGCCCAUCUGACUGGGUUUCCCCAGCCACUCUGGGCGACUCCCAGUAGAAUAUUAAAAACAUGAUAAAACAUUAAACAUUAAAAAGUUCCCUAAACAGGGCUGCCUUUGGAUGUGGGUUGGAUCCAGAUUAACAGCAAUCCAACACCCAAAACACAUUCUGCUGAGCUGUUAGGAGGGUUGGAUUGCGUGAAGGUGUUUUUUCUGCUCAGCUCUAUUCUUCUGUCAGGUCUGACCUUCCUCUUUUGCCUGCCGAAUGUGCAGAUUAGGAAGGAGAGCAAUAGGUGUUCGAUAUAAGCACACUGAAUUUGGAUCCCAUUGAAAUAUAUGGGACAAGUUAUCUUGACUAACUUGUCCCUUAUAUUUCAGUGAGAUUCAGGUUCAACAAAUUUAUUCUGGUUCUAAUCAUGUAUUUAUAACAUUGUUGCUGUUUGUAGCUGAUUAUAUAUUAAAAUUCUAUCAGCUGGAUAUUAGGGCUGAGCGAUGUCUGGUUCUUAAUAUCAUGAUAUAUUGCCAGAUAAACAUUGCAAUAUACAGAUAUAUCACAAUGUCUGAAAUAAGGAUGGAACUAUGUAGAGGCGAAUGGGGUAAUGUCCUGGCAACUGCUACUACUUAGGGGUCUAAAUCGGAUACAUUUUUUACUUAUCUUUAUCGUUACAACUGUUAUUUUAAAGUACAGAGCAACAGGGGCUGCAGGAUUCAUGAGAAAAGCGAUGACUGGCCACACUCAUGAUCCCUUCCAACUCUACAAUUCUAUGAUUCUUUAUCCACAUCACAAUUAUUAUUUUUUACAUAGCACAUCACAAUUCACAAUAUAUCACCAUGUUGUAUACAGUUGUAUCUUGGUUGUCUCGGACGUUUUGGCUCCCAAACGCCGCAAACCAGAAGUGAUUGUUCCGGUUUGCAAACAUUCUUUUGGAACCCGAACAUCUGACAGGGCUUCCGCAGCUUCUGAUUGCAGCCAAUCAGAAGCCGUGAUUUGGUUUCUGAACAUUUUGGAAGUCAGAAGGACUUCUGGAACGGAUUCCAUUCGACUUCCAAGGUACGGUAAUAUUAUGAAACUGUUACCAUAAUGUAGACUUCAGACUGAUUUUGGAUGAUAUAUUGAUACAUCUCCCAGCCCUAUUAGAUAUGGGUAUUUGACAGAAAUCUGCUAAUUGGACACUCCUGUGGGCAGAAGGUGAUUUUCAGCAGUUCUUCCCCAUCAGCUGCCUGUGUACCUGCUUGAUGGGGGACACCUAGAACAAUGUAAGAGGAGGCAUGGCAGACUGCAGUGAGAAGUAGGGGUGUUGUCACAAAACAUCCUUCCUGUGGGAGCAUGCGCUGAAUUAUGUAUUCCCAUUCACAGACAGAAGAAGCCCUUCCAUUCAACUAAAUACAUUUUAAGUGAUGUCAGAGGUGUAGAAGUAACUUUUUCUACUUAGACUUCUCAAAACUGUUCUAUUAACAAAAUCAUCUCUUUAUUGUUGGAAUUGUAUAGAAUGCAAUUCUAAUGCAAAAACAUGCAAAAACUGCAUGUUUGCAAAAACUAAUGCAAAAACAUGUAGAGCCACAAGACAAAUGGGAAAUCUACAUCUGCCUACUGUCCAUUUUCCAUCCACAGUAUUCAAGACUCUCAGUACUAUUAUGCACUAUUUUAUAUUGCCUUACAUAAGAAAGGAAAUCCCUUAUAAUUUGUAUAUGGUCUGUUCUGUAUGUGCAAUUUCAUAUACAGUCGUACCUUGGAUCUUGAACGAUUUGCAAGACAAAUGUUUUGGGUCCCGAACACCGCAAACUUGGAAGUGAUUGUUCCGGUUUGCAAAUGUUCUUUGGAACCCGAACAUCCGUCGCUGGAUUCGGAGACACAUGGUGGAGCUUGCACCAGUUUUUCCAGCCUGUUGCGUUCGGCCAUACUGCACAAUCCAUCUGUUCUUUCCUGGAGGCCUUGCUGCUAAGAUUAGUGAGAACAAAUUGAGAUUAGAUUGAGAAAGUAUAUCAAAAAUAGUUUCUAACUUUUCCCCCCCUUUGGUCUCUUAAGAGAGAAGGGUACAGAGAGACCUGUUAUGGUACAGAAGGAGCUAUGGAAAUCGGAGAAGAAGGAAGUGCAGGCAGUCAUACCUGAGGGAUGUGGAAAAGGGGAUAGCAGAGAGAUGGCGGUGUGGAGACCUAUGGAGUGUAGGAAAAAUGAUUAGCAGAGGCAUGGGCAUAUAGAAGGACAUAUGGAAUGGGAAAACAAAAGAAGAUGCAAGAUAGAGGUUCAAAGAAGAUAUUGCUAUGUGGUGAAGGUACAAAAAGGGGUAGUAUGAAGGUGUAAAGAGGUCUGUAAAGAGUAGAGAAUGAAUAGUAAGCAACAAAAAUGGAGCUGUAGAGAUACCUUUGCGUAGGGAAAGAGAAAAAGAAUGGGUAUCUGAGAUGUGUACAGAGAAGAAGCAGCCAUCCAUUGGUCUACAGUAGAGGAAGCGAAGGUAACUAGGGUCACCAUUAGCUCUGCUGAAGGAAUGAGGCCUGCUUUCCAUCUCCCCACUGAAGCCGCCUGCAAGAAUGGCUGUUACCAGGUAGCAGCUGAGGGAGAGGAAGAUUUAAAGUUGCUUGUGUAUUUGUUUUUUAAGAUGUUUCUUGAUACCACACAUACGAACAUAUGUCUGAAGUGUAUGCCUAAGCAGAGUGGAGAAGCCUAGGAAGUACUGAGUGUUGCUCAUAUAAUAACUUCUGAUAUGGCAAAGGUGUGCCUAAAGUUGUUCUAAGAAGGCCACACAAAAAACUGCAAAAAAAUUAUUCUGGUUGUGUUUAAGCUUUGGUUUAAGGGUGUAUGCUUGAAUGGAUUUAGGUUUAAUCCUAAUCAUUUUUUGUGAGCAAAUCCCCUUGAAUUAUUGGAAUUUGAGCAAACAUGUUUAGGCCAAAUUGUCAGAGUAGCAUUCUUUUGGAAACAUUUUGUUUGCUCUUUCUGCUAUGCUCUCGAUUUCUGAAAGUUGUGUCAGUGCUUUAUGUUAAACUCUGAAUCAUUUCAAAGACGGUGCAGUGAUUCUGGAAAAUUUGGAAUAUGCCACAGUGAACGCGCAUUUUAAAGGUAGUAUGUCAUAAGGGCUACAUUGCCACAGCAUAAUUUGUUCAGGCCCCUGUGGACUCUGCUUCAUUUGAUUUCAAAAGAAGUUUGAAUGGUGAUAGUCAUAUGUUAGAUACCCCAGUCAGCAGUAGGGGACAUUUUGAAUGGCUACUGCUUAUAGAAAGGGUGGGGAACCUCUCCCUAUGUCAAAGGCUUCACCCACUCAUGGGAAAUAUAUCUGUGAUGCACACCGGGCAUCGACAUAGCCAGAACUGGUGGUGAGCAGGGCUGAUACCAAAAAGGGCCAGGGCCAGAAUUAACAGUAGGUCACCUGUUUUCUUUCUACCACCCCUCUCUCUGGCACUGUCUCUCUCUCUCACACCUCUUCCCCCAUCCCCAUUACUUCCCUGCUGAAAAGCCCUUCGUCCUGCAAUGAAACAUAAGAUAGAGAAAAGUCCCAGUCAUGUACGGUAAAUAGUACCUUUUUUGUUAGCACAGCUGGAAGGAGGGACAGCUGUGGGCCAGAUCCCAAGGUGCCAAAAGUCAUACAAACAUUCUUGAAGAACUGUAAUAGUUCCUAUGUUUUGCAACUCUCUUCCAUUGCAUAUCAGACAGGUGCCUUUUCUAUUGCCUUUUUGGCAUCUGCUAAAGAUGUCCCUCUUUCAACAAACCCCUAAAAUCUGUAUCCAGGUUGGUACCUGUUUUGGAUUGGAACUGGUCUUUUGUAUUUGCUGUCAUUUUAAACUCUUUCAUAUUUCUAAUACUUUUUUAAAAAAAAACCUAUGUGCAGUUGUUUUAAGUUUUUAUUUAUGUACUGUUUUAUAUAUAUUGUUGUAAAUUGCUUCAGGAUGCCUCAAAGGAAGUGAAUCAUAAAUGAAAUAAAAGAAAUAGGACUAUUGUUUAUUUACUAGAAAAUAAAUACUAGUCUAUUUAACAACACUUAGGAGCAUUCUUAAAUAUAAUCAUUUUACUAAUGCACAAAUAAUUGAGAGUUUGAAAAUAAUAGUUUUGAUUCAAAAUAAAAGUAUUUGUGUUUAAAAUGCUUUUUAUGUUAUGCUUUCAUGGUGGGAGAAUCCUCCUGCAGGUCACUUUGGUGUCAAAAUAUUAUGUGGUGAGAUGACAAUAUGUGUUAGUACCGCUGAUGCUGUCAGUGAUCUAGAUAAAACUUACCCCCAAGAAGGAUUCAGACUUUGAAUCCCAGGGUUGUAGUCAUUGGUAGUUCAGUUUGGAGUAGAUCCAUUGAAAUUAAUGGUCCUGACCAACUUAUUUCUAUUAAUUUCAGUGCGUCUACUCUGAGUCUGGUGGAGUUUGAUACAACACCUAAACAUGGCAGUUACCAUGAAAAUGUAAUCUUACUGAUAUUAUCAAAAAUGUGUACUAAAUUAUAAUGUGUGCCACACUCAAGCAUUAUUUAUUUAUCUAUGGUUUGCUUCGCAUGAUACAUCCCAAACUAAAUAACAAUAAAAAUAUCAACAAUAAAAACAAGCAACAACAACUUCAGAUCCAAUUUGGAUGUGGAACGUUUUAAUAAUGUUCUAUUAUACUUAGUAAUAAGCUCUUUUCUGAAACAGAUAACCUUGCAUUCUGUAUAUUUGAGAAUUUAUCUUUUGGAAGUAUCUGCGGUGUGUUAGUUUCCCUGAAGAAAAACAAGAAUGGAAGUUUUUGUCUGGAUCUUGCAAAUAUUUCUGCACCAAAAUAGCAUGCUCUCAUAUCAGUUUUUCUACAGUGGUUGGCCUAUAAAUUGUAGGUGUAUGAGGAGUCUACUAAUAACUCUUAGUGACCAUAACAAAUUACACAUCCCAGGAUCCUUUGGGAGAAACCAUGAUUCUUAAAGUGUUUUAAAUGUAUGAUAUGGAUCUGAUCAUUGAUGAAAGAAUAGUUGGCCCCCAUUGUGCAAUGUUACCCUAAAAAUGAGCACCCUCCUCCUGUUUUGGGCAGUGAUUAUUACUGGUAGCUAUCUUUAACCCUAGUUUCUGUUAACUGAGUCCCCCUUAUUCUCAUCAUAGAUAGUAUAUAGGCAUUUCUGCUAUCAUUUUUUUAAAAAUAAAACUCAAAAUUGAUAACCCCUGAGUUAGAUACUGAUGCAUGGGGAGUGAUCCUGCUUAGCACUGGGCUCUCCUAUGCACCCAAGCCCAGCACAAAGCAAUAUCACCACUCUCCCUUCACAUUGCCUGAUGUGAAGGGAGAGUGAUCCUGCUUUAGCGUUAAAUCCUCACUUUGUGCAGUGCUUCAUAGGCUCCCAGGAACCAGUUGGUUGUCUGGUUCUUUGGAAGCUGCACAAAGCAGAGAUUGAACAAGUCCUAACCUUCCAGUCAAGUCCCAACCACAAUGCCCUCAAGGGCCAAACGAGGAAGCCUGGUAGGGCAAGAUUGGCAUGUGAGCCAGGCAUUCCCCACCUCUGCUAUAUGCAACAAAGGGAGGUUGUUCUCACAAAGUACCAUCUCAAUAGGAUAACAAUUAUUAGAAGAGCUAAUAGUUACAUGUCAGUUAUUGAUCCAAUGGACUACAUUUUUUUAAAGUCUGUCCCCUAAGAAUGUGUCUAAAGGUAUAGUGGAUCUGAACUAAAACAUUCUCAAUUUGACCGUCUGAUGAUGAUGGUUUUUAAAACCAUGCUUGCCUUGAAGAGGAGUCACUAUUCUUUACUACUCAGUAAUGAGAUGCCUUGAGGCUUAGAACACUACUGCUUGCUUUCCUCUCUGUGAUCAUGACCUUGAAUACAUUUUAGUUGUCCCUUUCUGAAGUUUAAAUGAAUUUAUUACUCACGAACACAUUAACAGCAGGUUGUUCUGAAAUGAAUAUUGUAAUCCAUGACUAGCCUGGAAGUGUAGUAAAAGCUGCCUUAUAUAGGAGGUAAAAACAGAGAUGGUAAUUUUAAAAGUAUCUGUAAUAGGUUAGCCCUGAUAAAAAGCAUAGCUUUAUCUGUCUUAAUUUUUAAGCUUUUAAAAUUCGUAACACUCUGACUAUAUGUAGUUUAGGUGGUCAAAAAUCAUUAUUGUUGCACAUAAUUUUAUAAUCUGUUUUAUAAUUUUUUUAUCUGUAAUUUGUGUCAGUCUCAAAUUUGUCUUUAAACAUAGGUGUUCUAAUUUGCUGUUUUCCACACUUUGCUAACCAGUUGGCGACUAAACUUGGCACUCUUAACAUAAAGGGUCAAGUAACUGAAAAAGCUGUAUUCCAUUUAGGCCUAAUGCAUUUAAAUAUGGAAAAUAGAAAUCAGGAUUUACCAUAAAAGUAGCCCAGUCAGAAGGCCACAAACUGCAGUACUUGAUUGAGGUUCAGACUCAUAACAGUAAAAAAAAAAAGUAUUAUAAAGAAUACACUGUUCUCCAGUGAUACUGAUCAGGCUUAAUGCCUCCGACAAAGCCAAGUGGUAGAAAUGUGGAGAACCUGAACAACUGUGACCUACAUUGGAAUUGCAAAGUUGCCAAUAAACUAUGGGCAGAAGUCAGACAGUGAAUCAACUUUACUCACAGACUUAUUUGUGAGUUACCUUUUGGUCUUUUAAUGAUUGGGCAAAUGAUAAAUUACAAAUUUUAAUAGAUUCCUGUUCAGCCUGAAGGCUCCCAGAAGGGCUUACACAAUUUAAAAACAAACAAACCCCAAUACACCACAACUGCUAAAAGUUAGUAGAACAGAAACAUCAUAAAAAUUGAGUUACACUGACACACAUGUCUUAAUUCUGUCAGUUAGAUUGUGGACAUGUGCUCUACAGGGAGCUGUUUUUAAAAACUCUUCAGAAACUUCUGCUUUUCCAGAAUGCAGCAACUAGAAGUUUGACCAGAGCCAGUUUUUGGAGGAAUGCAUGUGAUAGCCCCCUUGCCUUUUGCAACAAUUCACUGACUUCAGGCCCAUUUCAAAGUGUUGACUAGCUUUUAAAGUCCUGUACAGUUAAUACUUAAAGAACUGUAUCCUCUCAUAUGAGCCUGCCCACUCAUUGUUUGAAGUUACAAGUGUUAGCAUCCACACUUUACUAUUACAUCUGUGAUAUUUUAUAUGUAAUGAUUCAGAUGUGCCAUAACACAUGUGUUCUGAUAAUUUGAAGUUCUUACUCCUAGAUGGUGCCAACGACUGUUAUGGAGCCUAUCCAUUUGUGGGGGUGUCAGUUUGUGUGGAACAAUAUACUUGGGGUUUCAAGUCUGUUGUGUUAUAUAAUUAUUCCUUCACUGAAGGUAGAACAGAAAUUGUUUGCAAUUACCUUGUUUCCUUUGGCUUAGUGGUUUUUAAUCCUUGGAUUAUUGCUGAAUGUAUGCUACUCUUAAUAUCCCGACUAUUUACAUUGAAUUAGAUUGGAUUGCGGGGGGGGGGGGUUAUGCCUUUUAAGUAAAAUUUCUGUGCUUCAAAAGUGUAUGUUAAAGGUAAUUGUGUUCAUUUCAGGAAACAAACUAAAAGUCAAGUGUGUGGAUUAUUUUCUCAAAGUGAAAGAGAUGAGUCCUUCAUAGGUUGAACAAUCUUGCAGUUCUGAAUAAUUUUGGGGAGCGAAAUCUUGCUUUUGUUUUCCCUGUAUGUCUUGACAUCACUUAGGAGCUGGGUUCUCUUGUUCACUUCAAAAGGAUUCAUUAGCAAGGCUCUACAACAAGGGUCAGCAACCUUAUUCAGCCGUGGGCCAGUCCACCGUCCCUCAGACCAUGUGGUGGGCUGGACUAUUUUUGGGGGGGGGGGGAAUGAACGAAUUCCUGUGCCCCACAAAGAACCCAGAAAUGCAUUUGAAAUAAAAACACACAUUCUAUUCAUGUAAAAACACCAGGCAGGCUUCACAAAUAACUCAGAGAUGCAUUUCAAAUAAAAGAACACAUUCUACUCAUGUAAAAACACGCUGAUUCUCAGACCGUCCGUGGGCCGGAUUGAGAAGGUGAUUGGGCCGUAUCCGGCCCACGGGCCUUAGGUUGCCUACCCCUGCUCUACAAAUUGAGCCUGGCCUUGGGACCAACCAAAAACAUGUAGUUUCCAGGGCCUUUCUCCUCCCCUAAAGUGUAGAAAUAUAAUUUCUGACCUCAUGGCAUGCCUUUGAGACUGAACUUUUAUUUUGGCACUGUGUUACUGAUGCACUCAAAGCACUUUGGCGGCAGGGCACCAAAAUGAACAAAUCGAAAAGGGGUUGUCCCUUUCGUUGCACUGUGUUUUGAACACUCUGGGAAAGAUGCCUGUUGCCUGUUCCACCACCAAGCUUGGGUGGAAGAUGGGGAUUGGUCAUGUGCAUCAUAGAGUAGCAGAACUGAGGUGACGGCUGCACAUUGGGGAUGUUUCUGUGCUAGAUGACUACACUGAGGAAUCAUGGGUUAAAGCGUAAAUUGUAGAAUGCAAGCACCUGUUUGGAACAUGAAUAUAAUUGGAACUGAAGUUAUAACAGAUUUGCUAUUUCAGGCAGCUUCAUAGCAUUGUAAACAACUACCAACAGCCUGUUGGUAGGUUCUAGUAAUAACUUUGUCAACUGGGCCUUUGUUAUUCUAGAUAUAAUUUAAAAAACAUUAUUUCUUUCUUAAAAAUAGGGAAUUGUAAAUAUCGUUAAGGAAUCUGUGAAGAGUAUUGUUCCAGCUUGGCUUCAGAGAUAUUUCAGGCAAAGCGAAGAGGAAUCCCCAAGUGAACAAAGGAGCUUAGAGGAGAAUGUAAACUAUCAUCCUGCCUUUGAAGAUGAUGAUGCUGACAAUACCCUUGAGAUUGAUGGACGAAUUACUCCCGAGCCAACAAGAAUUACUUUAGAUGGUAGGCUAAAUAUCUUCUCCAACCUCACAGCUAGUGUCUAACAAUUUGUUCUAGAGAUCUAUUUACAAAUAUCAAAACAUUUUAAUGGUUUUCUUAACUGCAAACUGAGGGAUGCUAUUUUAUAUACGUCAAAUAUUCUGUUAAAAGAGAGUAAUUACAGACCCCUUGAUAUUCUGGUGCAAGGGUAGGGAACCUCAACCUACUGGCCAACCUUAGCUUGCCAGGGGUUCAAAUUUUCUUCCAAAAGGCCAUUUUUAAAACCACACCCAUCUCCUAAUCUGAUGGGCAGAUGACGUCAGCAGAUGAGCAGGAGACGGGUUUUAGUUUUGCAAGUUCCUGUUCCCUAUGAGGAGGAGUAAUUCCGAGGGGUCAAACAAAGAAAUAAUAAAAAAGUGACAAAAAAGUUAUUUUUAUAAUGACGAGUUUUGCGGCUCCCAGUUUUUUUUUCUUUGGAAACGGGUCCAAGUGGCUCUUUUUGUCUUAAAGGUUGCAGACCCCUGCACUAGAGUAUAGAUUGGCGUACCCAGGAUCAUCUUUCGUUUUGUUUUUAACAUCGCAACUAAUGUUUCACUGUCAGUGCUAUCAUUUAUAUUGUGUUGUAGUAAUGUAGUACUUGGAAGAAAUGUAGUAGCUAUUCUCAGAUGGAUAGAUGAAACCAUACAUGUAUGUGGCACAGGUUAAAUUUAGCUUAUCGUCUAUUUUUUACACUUGAAGCUUAGCAAUAGAACUAGUGUUGACAGUAAAUAGCUUUUGACUGUUCCGUAUGCAUACCUGCAACUAAAGAUAAUUCUGAUUGUGCUGCUUUGUUCCUCUUUAGAGCCCUCGACAAGUAGAUCUGGUUUAAGCUUCACAGAUAUUUUAACAAGACCCUCUCUCCACCGGAGUCAUCUUAAUUUCAACAUCUUGGAUUCCCCACCUCCACUUUGUCAACCCUCCACAUCAUCUGCAUUUCCAAUUAGUAAUUCUGGACUUUCACUUGGGAAAGAAAUGAAAGAUUCUACCUCUCAGCAUGAUGAUGACAACAUCUCAACUACAAGUGGCUUUUCUUCGAGGGCGUCUGACAAAGGUAGCAAAGUUCACCAGAAUCAUUAGGAUCUUUUUGUAUGAUUAUUCCAUAACGUGACUAGGUUUUGUUAUACUGACAUCACUUUAGAAGAGAUGGUGCACCAAUGACAGAUAUUAACUGUGCAUUUUAAGACUCUGAUGUUAUUAAUGCAGUGUUAUUUUGGGGGAGUGGGGAGAGGCAGCAGAGUAUGAGGGAAGGAAGUUAUCCCAUGGUCCUUCGAUGCAGAGAGCCAAAUUAGGCGUGUUAAUAUAUCUAUGCUAUUUUUCACCCAAAGGACCCCCAAGGCAGUUUGCAAACAACAUGAAACACAAUUAAGAACAGGAACAGAUGAGAGCAGCAACUAAUAAAACAUAGUAGUAUAUUUUUAAAAGAACACAGUAACAACAGGAGUCAGCCAUCACAAACUAGUCUUGGAGAAAGAAAUUAGGCACUAUUAAAAGCCCAUUGGAAUGGUAUACACCAUUAAGGGCCAGUGUUGUUGUUUUUGCCAGGGUGUGUGUGGAAAACCUACUAGAUCAGAACUAUUAAGACCUAUGUAUCAUGAAUUCCCACUUGUUAAAUUAUAUAUGUUUUCCUUUUGGGAAAGGAAGAGGGGAGAAAACCUCCAUAGAUCUCAGUUUCUUCCUCCUUUCACUCAAUUCCUCACUUCUUUCCCUCCAUCCCUCCCUUCUUUCCAUGAGCUAGAUAAAGAAAAGUAGUGUAUUUUCUUUCAAAGAAUUUCUGGACUGCAAAAUGGGAAAUGUAGGGGGACAAAACUUUAAUAUUGUGGUUAUCGUAGUAUUAAUGAUCACUAUUUUAUAAUAUAAAAAGAGCAUUGAUGCAGUUGUGUACACAUGUUGUCUUUUUAGAUAUAACAGUUUCAAAAGUUGCUUCAGUACCACCUCUUUGGUCCUCGGAGAGUGAAAGACUUGUCUCCCUUUCUCAGCAUUCAGCCACCAGCUCUAAAAAGCCUGGCUUUAAUCUGUCUGCUUUUGGAGCCCUUUCCCCUGUAAGUACUGCACAACGUUUGCUUUAACUAUGUUACUUCUGUAUCCAUUUUGCUAAUUAGAUAUCAAUAUGUGUUUGCAGUCACUUGGUAAUGCAUCAGCUUUUAAGACAAGCCAGCUUGGGAAUUCUCCAUUUUAUCCUGGAAAAACCAUGUAUGGUGGUGCAGCUGCAGCAGCAAGGCAGUCUAAAGCACGGAUUACUCCUUAUCAGGUAACAGAAAUGCUGGUGAUCUAUGGAGGAUGUGAAAGAAGAAGCUACUUAUAUUAAUAAUUCUGAUAUAGCUUUUCACGUUGUACUUUCCAUAGUAUAUGCAUACAAGUAUUUCAUUCUUUUGGUAACAAUAACUUUAGUGAUGCAGCUCUGGAAUACAAACGAAUCUCAGCCUGUUCUGGUUCAUACGUAAUGUUAAAUUAUGGCUACUUAAAAAACAGAAAUGAGUACUGUCUCCUUGUGGCUGUGCUGGGGGAGAGGAGUGGGGAACUGUCAAGCCAGAAACUCUAUGUUGUCACCACCCACCUUUCCACUGGCAGAAAUUCACUCUUUAGAGGGUCCACCUGGUGGGCAGGGCAAUCUCCUUGCCAGUUCAACUUACCACCAGCCUCACUGCAGGUCACUCUUGCAGGCAGCUCUGGGUACUGUAAAAGAGAAAAGGCGGGAAUGCCAUUUUGGAAGGGAUCAUGGCUUAAAAUAACUAUUCAGUUUCUAAACAAGUCAUUGUUAAACCAUGGUCUUCGAAGCUGCCUUGUGUACCUAAGUCACUUGUUUUCAUCAUAUGUGAAAUGAUUUUGCGCAACGAAACAAAAACUCUAGCAAUGACCUUCCUUGUAGCCAAGCAGGAGGAAAAGAGUGAAGGAUGGAGUUUGUGAGCCUGAAACUUUGCUCAUUCUAGCUCAUGCACAUAAUCUUAAACUGGGUUUAGUGCAGGCUUCCUCAACUUCGGCCCUCCAGAUGUUUUUGGCCUACAACUCCCAUGAUCCCUAGCUAGCUAGACCAGUGGUCAGGGAUGAUGGGAAUUGUAGUCUCAAAACAUCUGGAGAGCCGAGGUUGAGGAAGCCUGGUUUAGUGUUACAUGUGAACCAGAGCAGUGGUAAAAUGUGGCUUAGCUUGACUUGCAAAUGUCCAAACAGGUUAGUUGCUGAAUUUGGAUGUGACAAUAAAGCACUGCAAGAACGUGUCAUGGUGAAACUUGAGUUUGCAGUGUGUGAGGGCAUAACAACUAUAAUUUAAGUUGUAAACUCUUUGUGGGCAGGGACCUGUCAUCUGUUCCCUCUGAAACACCUGAAGUCCAUGUUCACUGAUAAUGUAUAUAUGAUGGAUAUUAAUAUGUAUGAGGUCUACAGAAAAUACUCUCAUUAGGCUACCUGGGCCACGUUGAGUAUAUUUGAGUCCUUUCUCUCCAAAUCCCUUCUAGACCUUUGGAGAUCAACAUGAUAACUGACUGUAAUAGUGUGUAGACCCAAAGCUUCAAAUCACACAAUGUAACAUCCAUAAUCUUGUUUUUUUAAGACACCAGUAAGAAGGCAGAUGAAAGCCAAGCAAGUGAAUGCACAAUCUUAUGGAGUGACAAGUUCUACUGCACGGCGCAUCCUGCAGUCUCUGGAGAAGAUGUCAAGCCCAAUAGCGGUAAAUUUCUCUCUUUGAAAUGUUAUUUAUUCAGUACAUAACAUGAAGCUUUCUAAUCCUGUAUUGCAUUAGGCAAACUCUUGCUUUGAAUACAUAUGGCUUAACUUACUUCAGUGCUGUUGUUUUUCCAACAGGAUGCUAAAAGAAUCCCAUCUUCUUCAUUUUCAUCUGUAAGUUAGUCUUCAAACUUAUUUAAUGCAUGGAGUUGUUAUUGUGGUUUUAAUCACGCUUGUUAAUUGGUGUUUUAAUCACGCUUGUUAAUUUGGGUGUUUUGUUUUCCAGCCUGCAGAAAGAAGUAUGCAGAAUAUCACUGACUUCCAUUCACCAAGGAAAAGGGUAAGUUAACUUUCAUGUCUUAGUUGCUUCUAAGUGGUGUAGAACUGUUUUAUAUUUUAUGUUUGAUAUGCAGCAGACAUGAAAUUGCCUAUGGAUUCCACUAUAGAUAGCUGCUGGUAUUUGCCUACUUAUGUUUUUUAAAAAUCCAUUUACUUGGUUUUGAAAAUUGGAACCUAGAGCAAAUGUUAGUGGAAUGCUAAAUUAAGCUUUUAUAAAACCAGUGUUGUAGUCGAUGAAUAAAUUCAUAAAUUGCACUGCAUCUGUAUCUUCUGUCUUGAAUAUACCUAUCAGAUGUGUUUCUGUCAUCCAGACUAAAAUGUGCAACAAGGAGAAAACAAGAGGCUUAUGUUUACAUGCUAGAGGUGCCGUAUGUAAGGCAAAACUUUCACAUGGUUUGCUAGAUCUUCUGUCCUCAAUGAGGGUUGUUGAAGAUAUCAUUGUGGGGGGGGGGACCAUUUUGGAGGCCCUACUCUAACUGUAACAGACUUUAGGAAACGGUAUCUCUUUGUGAAUAGUGGGUACAACCUAAUGAAGUCAGUUUAAAAAAAACAACACAUUUAUUUGCAGGAUUGGCCAGGUAUAAGCAAGCACUAUUUCAGCUUAAAUUUGCAGGUUGUUGACUCACACUUGUGCAGAAAACAUGGAACACCAGCUAACAGGCAACAGAAACUAGAGAUGUCAGAAAGAAAACUCUGUACCCAGCUGUCAUUAAGUGAAAAAAAGAGGAAUUGUCUAUUCAUACUGUAGUAAAUGGUUGGCAGCAGUAAUUCUUGGCCAAGAAAGGUUUGCUGGUGAUUUGCCACCGGAGUGAGUGGGCUGUCAACAGUCCACUUAAUUUCUUGAGUAAAACAGUUACAGAUGUCUGUACAGUUGGUAUUCUAAAGACCUGUGUCUUCAAUCUGGAACUUAUCUACAUUAAUCAGAUAAUUAUAAUUUAUUUUUAAUGCCUUGAAUUGUUCAAACAGUGAUACUGAGUUUUUAUGGUGAACAUCAUUUGGAAGUUGCACAUUACUUUCAGGGCCUACUUCCAUCAAAAUAGCCUUGCCAAAUUCAAUUUUUUUGUCACUAUUUCUGAAUAAAUAAUAUUUAGAUGCAAACCAGUUUUACUGUAGAGGGCAGGGGGAGAGAUCAUUACUACUUGUAAAGAUAAGCAAAAAAAUUGGACCUGUUUUGCCAUUUUCUGAAUACAACACUACAAUGUUGGAUUAAUACUAGAUAGUAGUCAUUUUUCUAGUUCAAUGGUUCUCAAACUUUUUUUCACUGGGCCACACUUUCAGAAUAUAAAUUUUCUCAAGCCAUACUGAUAUUUAUAUAUAUAUAUGUGUGUGUAUGUGUGUGUGUGUGUGUGUGUGUGUGUGUAUAUAUAUAUAUAUAUAUAUAUAUAUAUAUGAGAAAUACAUUGGGAAACACAACAAGGAUUGUCCUCAGUAUCACUUUAUGUUCUUGCUCUCAUCUUGAAAAGAAAUCUAUCCAUAUUCUGCAAAGUAAAAAAUACAUUUUGAUACUAUCCUAUACUACACUGAAAUGUUUAAGUGUUUCUUUGAUUGUCCUUGAAUCUUCCCUCCACGCUUGCCGUCCUCUCCUGCCCCACCAGUGUGGUGUGCCACACCCUUUAAGAAUCACAGGCUUGGUUUAUAAAUAUAAUGGUGAUGGGAUGUGCUAGAAAAAUCACAAAAGGGUCCUGGAUUUUCCUUCCUCCUGAGCCGUCAGCUUCUCAGGAGGGUUGGGGGGACCUUGCAAAACAGUGUUGGAAAUGCCGCUGACAUUAGCAGAGGGGGAAGGUGGCACUGGAGGGAAUUUUCCCCUUCCAUUAGUAGAACAGCGGGUCCAAGGCACUUCAAUCUAUGAAAAGGGACCUUUGCAUCCAGCCUGGUGUCUGCAUGCAACUCCCUUUCACACCUGCACACUCCCAUUAGGCUCUAUUUCACGUGGAAAGUCCAUAGAAUUGCAAAAGUUGACCAUGAUGAUGUUUAUCAGCACCUGAUAUCAAAUUCCCCUAUAGACCUAACCUAAUUGGUGCACAUGACCCACUCCUUGCACCAAUCAAAAUGUGCAGAAGAGGUAUUAGUAGAAUGCUAGGAUUUUAAAAACCUCCUUAAAAUGUUGUCUAAAACCAGUACAUCUGAAAGCAGAGUGUUGGACUUGUGAUGACAUCCAUCUCCUGUAGAAAAGGAACUUACUUAACUUUGAAAAGAUAGUUCCGCCCACUCGCUCCCAACAGACAGGGCUAUGCAAAUCAGAUGUUUAACUGCCAUCCUGUGUAGAAGAGAGCUUUCUCCAGUCUGACACAGCAAGCAGGGAAUAACUCCAGAGAUGCUUGAACGCUCCUGGAUAAUAUAAUGGUACCUCGGGUUACAUACGCUUCAGGUUACAGACUCCGCUAACCCAGAAAUAGUACCUUGGGUUAAGAACUUUGCUUCAGGAUGAGAACAGAAAUCGUGCUGCGGCAGCAGCAGGAGGCCCCAUUAGCUAAAGUGGUGCUUCAGGUUAAGAACGGACCUCCAGAAAGGAUUAAGUAUGUAACCAGAGGUACCACUGUAAAGGGACAGCAGCCAUUGACAACAGAGACGCAAGAUCAAACAUGGGUAUCCUCACACCCAAUUAGGACUGACUGAGACCCUUACAGCAGGGUUUUUCAAAAGUGGGUCCCCAGUUGUUGUUGGAAAAUGGCUCCCUUCAUCCCCAGUGGGGACCCAAGUUUGAGAAACCCUGCCUUACAGCCUGAGGCCACCCCCGCAACUCCCUCUAGCAGUAAGAAACACUUCUCCAGGGUGGGGAGGAAACCCUUCAUGCAGAUUAGGAACUUAAAACAAGAAGUGCAGUAUUCUCUUUUCCUACAGUAAAAAUACAUUCACUGUAUUAAAAGCUGUAUCCGUUACACGGUGAGGGACCAGAGACACCAUCUGCUCCCGGGCAUAGAAGUAGACACUUUGUAAAACAGGAAUUCAGGUAUUGAUCCGUUUCACCAGUAUGGCUUUGAAGACUUCCUUUCCCACAGUUUUAGGGUGAAAGGGAUACACAAAGGCAGGGUUUUACUUAGUAAAAAUAAAAUAAAAAUAGAGGAGCUGGUAUUCGUGUAUUGAUAACAGUGCCAUGAGUGUCAGCAUAACAUAGCUGACAUUACAGCAAAAAAGAAAAGAAGGUGCCGACACUUUACUAGUGAGUACUGUCACAAAAAAGCCAUGCAUGUAGCUUAUCUCUGCAAAAGAAAAUUCUGGAACUCUUUUAAUUUCCUUGCCAGACAUCUCAGUUCAGGUCUGACAGUUAACCUCUUGAUGGCAAGGUUUGUGGAAAUUACCUAGCAGCUCCCCAACUAAAUGGGAACAUUUCAUGAGUCUUAGGUAACCACAAUUUGUUUUUAAAUAAAAUUGGUAAUAAGGGAUGCAUUUGUAUUUGUUCAAGACCAUUGAAACAUGUGCAUAACCACCUUUCAUGUACAGACAUGGGGGGUGUACAUACAUACAUAGCAUUACCCAGCUUUAUUCAGAUUGGUUUUGAUUAAUUCAACACUGUUUCAUUUAAAGGCUGAAUCCCAUUAUCCUCCAGUCCAGAAGCUUGUGACUCCGAAGACCGUUCCACUGUCAAUGAGUCGUUCACAAUAUUUUAAACCAUCUCUACCAUCUGCUACUGAAUCAGGCAAGAUUCGACAGAGAAUAGAGAUGAACCAUAAGGUAUGUAUACUACAAAGCCGCUGACUGUACACCAUCUUUAACCACAAGCUCCCUCUUCCCCAAUACCAUCACACCCUGAUCUGAUUGGGCAACCCAGUGGCUGCUUUACAGUUUAAACGCUCACACACUUCCUUAUGACAGUAUUAGUCUGAUAACUAGGAUUCCAGUGGAUCCCUUUAAAAGUUGUAGCUGGAUAAAAAGUUAAUAAUUUCACAAUUAAUCUAGUUCAACAUGGGGGGGGGCAUGGGACAUUUUAUUGGUAUCUCAUUCCAAACACACAGUCUAACACAGAAGCUUCUAGGGCACAAUGUUAUCUUCAAAUUCCUCAUUGGGCUAUCAGGAAGCCCUAGAGGAAAAAGUGGGAGAGAUGAAUAGGUGAAAUACUAUGCUCAAAACUAAAUAAUCACAGUAGUCCAAAGAACCCCAGUAGCCUGUUGUUGAUGUUGUUAUAAUACUUUACUUUACUUACAAACUGGAAUCCAGUGUUGCAGCUUUGCACUAUGCAAGCAGACUUCUGCAUCAAGAUAAACUCAACUUGCAGAAUUAAUGGAGCAGAAUUAACCUCCAGGGUAUACACAGAAAUGUUCAGAAUUAUUUUAUGGAAACUGAAAACGUAUAAGCCAGUGCUCUUUAAGUGAUAUAACUACAAAAAAAUGAAAUUUAUGAUGCAGAGAAAAUGCAGGGUUAUUUUGAGAACUUGCUGAGGACAGAAAGGGCUUAGGCACUUUGCAGCUUUACCUUUCCAUUUAUUUCAGUGUGGUAGAUUGGACUCCUGAUGGAAAUAGGGUUAAAUGUUUUUUUUUUUUUUAAUUAAAAAAAAUGAAAAGGAGGGAGGAGGAAGAACCCUAGAACAAAAGAUCCCAUAAUUGUUGAGAAGUUCAUGGUGUAUGACAUGGGUAAGAUUUACUAAAGAUGUUGUACAAAUAUUUCAAGUUGCAAAAACCACAUUAGCUCGCUUUUAAGUUGGCAGAAGUUUUUGAAAGGGAAAUUCUUUUCACGUUUUCUGGAUUUUGUAUCUCAGAAUGUAUCUGAGAAAUUAAGUUCAUUCUACUAUAUUGAAUCAUAUGGACUUAAUUUUCCUAUUGAAAAUAAAUGAACACGCUUAUUUACUGAGGGUUGUAUCUAAUGGCAGCUUGGCACUAGUGGAAGCUCUUCUGCUUGUGAAAGGCAGGGGAACCUGCCAGGCCCCCUUACUAAUUGCAGCCCAUUGCACCAUUACCCAUACAGUUCUGGAGGGUCUCCCAACCCUGACCAGAAAUUUGGGGGAAACAGGGCUGCACUGGGUAGGAGGGAAUUGGUGAAAAUCAAGUGUCCUACCUUGCCGAAGUGCUUCCACUACUGCAGAGCCGCUAUUGGACCUACCCCUAUCUCUGUGAUCCUGCAGAAUGUUUUGUGGAGUAGGUAAUUGCUGUAGACAGGCAUUGUCACAUGAGCCUUGCUCACAAGAAAUACAGCUUGUGGUGGAAGAGAUUUAUUUGGAUAACUUCAGGCAGCAGGGGGCAGUAAAGGAGUACUUCUGCAAAAAGCCAUAUAAAGCUUAAGUGUACAUGAGAAAGGCAUUUGCGUAAACAAGGAUCAGUGGCUUCCUGUUACAUGCUCCAACGUUUAGUCUCUUUUUUUUUUAGGAAUAGCGAAUCAGAAAAAAAGAAUUAAAACCUAAAGUAUUUUUUUAUCCUUUACAGGGAGUACAAGAGAAAAAUCUGGCAGCAGAGCAGAAGAUAGAAUCACCAGAAAGGUAUGUGAUGUAUAUCCUAAAUCUAAAAGACAUAUUAUAAUUGCUCUUAUGGGUUUUUCAUUAGUACCCUGUUCAUUUGUCCCUUAUGCAAAGCAGACAAUUAAAUAAUAGGCAUAAUAACAGAGAUAUGUUUAUGUAAAAAGUUUCCAGAGGGGUAGCUGUGUUAGUUUUGUGUUGCAAAAACAGUAAAGAGUCUUGUGGCACCUUGAAGACUACAGUGCUAGUAUGGCAUGGAUUAGAAUCCACUUCAUUCGCAAUACAAUUCUUCAAGUUUAUAUACACACUAGGGCAUGGAUUUGAAGGCUGUGAGGUCAUAGGAAAAGGAAAUGCAAGAAGGGCAGUCAGUGUUUCAAGUGCUGCAAGACUCUUCUCUGUUUUUACUUAGGAAACAGAAGUUCACAUUUAACGCUGUGCCCAAACCAUGGGUUAAUGUGAAUGUGCUAGCUGCUGAUAUCGCAUCUGCUUUCUUCCUCCCUGAUCCUUUAAGCUCAGCUCAGCAAGUCAGCUGUAAUCCCCCCCCCCCCCCAGUUUUUUGCUUUCAUUUUCCCCUCUUGCUAACUUUUGCCACUUUGCCAUUUUGGGCAGCGUCACUUAUUUCCCCCCCCCCCCCCAAAAAAAAUAUAUAGUGAUAUAUCACUAUUAUCAGUUUGCAUAUGCAUCCUUUGUUGCUGCUUUGUUUGUAGGACCCCGAAAAGCUAUAUAACAUAUAUUUGAUUCUCUGUCAGCAGUGUCACAAACCCCAGGUUCAGUUCCUCUGCAACCAAUGGGCUUCCUCCUUCAGUAGGAGUUGGUGGCGGCAAAAUGAGAAGGGAAAGAGGUGUCCACUAUGUAUCAAAACCUGCACAAGAGGAGGUAAGAAUAUUUGCUCAACUACACUGUGUGUGUGUGUGUGUGUGUGUGUGUGAGAGAGAGAGAGAGAGAGAACGAACAAUGCAUGCAUGAAUGAAAUUGAAGUACUCGUUUAUGGAGUAGUUUGGAGCUUCAAAGCUGUUUAUUCACAGCCUGAUUGAAUGGACAAACUUAGUAUUUUAGUCAUUGGAUGGAAUCCAACAUAGGGCAAAUGUUCAGCAGCCCAAGGAUUUUUCUAUGUCCAAUGGCACACCUUCUUCCUGUGCACCCCUAAAGCUAUUCCACGACUUCUCCCAACCUUCUGGAGCAGAUUUGUGGAGGAUGAGGAGGGGUGAAAGUCCUGUUGUACAAGUGGGAAUUCUUGCGCUGACAGGACUCACUAGUAGAAUACUGUCCAUUAGAUUUGGACAGUUUUCAAGCCUAUGCUCUGCUUUAUAGCAGAGUAUAGGAUUUAUAUGCAGGGUUCAUACUCCAAUUUAGGAAUGGAAGAGGAGAAGAAAGUAUUCUAAUGAUAUAGGAGUGCUCUGCAAGGUGGCUGGGUGUGGCUGUGUAUAGCGUUAAUCAGCACCAAGUUACAGCAGCAGAAAGUUAUAGCUCACUAGGUUUUUACAAAUAAUAAUAAUUAUACUCCACCCAUCUAGUUGGGUUUCCCGUGUUUUGAGACAUAGGUACAAUUCAUGGUAUAUUGCUUUAGCUGUUACUGAGGAAGGCUCUGUUUCUGGGGCAGGUAUAGGCACAUGGGCUAUAAAACAGUCAAAUCCUGUAUCAUCCCAAAUUUCAUUUAUUGUGGUGCUUUUAUUUACCCUUGUAUGUACUUUUGCUGUGGGGUUGUUUUUUUUUUAAUUCUUUAGGAUUUCAUUGAUAAGGUCAACAACAGUUUCAUUACUUGUUGGGUUGCUUUCAUUUUUUCCUGCCGAAAUAGGCUGAGUAGAACUAAAAUGUAGGUUUCAGUGGAACUUGGAAAAUAAUUGCAUCAUUGUUCCAUUCUAGGAAAUUGAUAUGCCAGUGCUACCAGAAAUAUCUUUGCCCAUCAGUACGUCAUCUUUGCCAAACUUCAGCUUUGGCCUGCUUGCUAGCAGUACUACUGUCUCAUCUACGCCUGUCAGUUCUGCACAGUCAGUGGCUAAAAAGGUAAUUUGUGCAUGAAUCAAGGUUUUGCUUGCAUACUCUACCUGUUCUCUCCCGCAGAUUCACCAAACCCUUUGUCUAUUCACCUGACUUUAAUUUUCAGCCAUGUGCUGUUUGAGAAUCCUUUAAAGGACAGCCCCACUCUUCACUGGCCCUUUCUUUGCCCACCCUGAGUGUGUCUGUCUGUCUGGAAUGUAUCCUUGAACUGUGAGAAUGCCUCUUGCCUGGAGGGAGAGAGGGUGCCUCUGACUUCUGCAUGGCUAGGAUGUAAGAGUUGCAUUGGUUGCUUCGCCCACUUUUGUCUCUGGUCCCAGCCCUUCACUGGCAUACGAUCUGUAAAAAAAUUGUCCCAGGGCAGUUCGUGCUUUGGGCUUUGUAGCACCCCUGUGGUAAUGGUUCAUGAUAAGUGAUUGUUGAUAGUAACAUGGUUGCCAUAUUGGUCAUAUCAAGGCAAACGUUUUUUUCUUUUUCUUUUUAAAAAACUGGCUUUUUAUGCUUGUGUCAGCUAUUCUGAGCUGCUGCAUAGCAAGCUCUUUAUGGGGGUGGCCUUGUUCAGUGCAACAGUUUGUCAAAAGUUUACGCAGCAGGCUUUAUGGAGAUAAGGCUUCAGUUCUCUUUGUAGGUUUUUCCCCUUUGGCAGUUACAAGAGCUAAGAAGUUGGGAGCUCAGAAACAGAAUGGGUAUUGUCAACAACAGCCAUGUCCCCAAAAUAAUCAGAGAAACUGUUGUUUGUUAAGGGUUUCCUACCAGUUCUCGGAAAUCUUAGCAAACUGCAGUUCCCAGGAUUUAUUGGGGAAAGUCAUGACCAAUAAAGUAGUGUAAGAAAGAGUGCUUUCAGGGUAUGCUGUGGAUGUGGCCCUACUGCUAUAAACAUUAGCACAAUUGCUGUGUCUUAUUAUAAACUGCUUUUGAAACUCUCCUCCGUCUUCUAAACAUCUUGUCAUAUGCUGUAUAGGCAGAGAAAAGGACAGCUGCUGAUUGAGAAACGGAAUGGGUUGCUUUGGAUCCUUGCCAAAAGUCACCUUCCUAAUUUGAGCACAUUUGUUUUUGCAUUAUUAACCAGUGACUUGUAAUUCACUUCAUUUAAGCUAUUAAACACAUUUCUUUUAAAUAAUUAGGUGCAACCAGCCAGUAAUGCUAGCAGUCCUGUGUACAGAUUUUCAUCUCCAAUUGUAAAAUCGACAGAAGCAGAAGUGCUGCCAUCAGUGUCUGUAAGUAAAAAAUGCAUAAGUAAAACUUGUGACAGAAGAAAGACAGGAAUGAUAGAGAUAAAAAUAUGUUUAAUACUCACCUUGGAAAUUCAAUGUUAGGAACCAGAAAUCUGCAGUUCACAUUUACGAGCCUAUGUAAACUAGGCGGCUGUUUUCUUUUGACUUCUAAAUUUUAUCUCCUGCCAGGCUGGUGCAUUCAAAUUUAGUGUUCCUGUUGCAAAAUCAUCUGAUCCUUCAGGAUCCAAGGAUACCCCAGUAUUGACUCAGAGUAAUGCAGGUAAUUAAGUUGGCAUUUAAUGCAAACAUUUUCUCCAGGCGGGGAAUUAAGAUUGAAUUUUGGUUAGGCUUUUAAAACUUGCCAUUUUGUGUGACAUCAGAAGCAAAUGUAUUCCCGGCCUCCAUUCUGAGUACAAUCCAGUUUAAAUAGAACCUUAUCCAAGCAUACGUGUCUGACUUCCAAUGAAAUAUAUCAUUUAGCUUCUAUGGACAGCAAGUCGUUUGUGCUUCAUCCAGUAAGCUACCUCAUGGAAAUUUUUAAGAUGGGUUCUGUGUAGACGGGUGUGUGUUUGUGUGUUGGUGUUCAUAAGCCAUGAACCUUGUAAAACUAUUACUUUCUUCACACCUGCAGCGGUCAAUAGCAUCAGCAGUAAGAGAGAUCAUGAGUAUGAUGGUCCCUUUAAGCCUGCAAAAAUCCUGAAAGAAGGAAGUGUGCUGGAUAUUUUAAAGAGUCCUGGUGAGUCGGUUGAUGAGGUUUCAUUUAGUGUUAAAUGAUAACUGACAAUGAGACCCGUAAUCUCAGGGCCUUGGUUUUGAGUCUUGACGUUGCAGAGAGUUGGACUAGAUAACCCUCAGGGUCACUUCCAACUCUACAGUUCUAUGAUUCUAUGAUUUAUAUGCCACUUUAAAGAAAACAGUUGUAGGGAUGUUGCACUGUAAUAAGCGUUCUAUCAGUGCCAGCAUUUCUGCUUGCCCUAAGGAAUGAUUUUUCCUCUCCUUCCUCUGUUUGGGGGGGAGGGCAGGUUCUCAGAGCCAAAUGGGGGGGGGAGGGGGAGAGAAGGUGGAAAGCCUCAUUGCUUUGAUGGAAGUAGUUGUAUGGGCUUCUGCUAGCAGGAUCAGGCAGUUAAAUCUGGCCCUCUGUAUAUUUUCUUAAUCCAGUCUCAUAUAUAAUACAGUGGUGCCUCGCAAGACGAAAUUAAUCCGUUCCGCGAGUCUCUUCGUCUUGCGGUUUUUUCGUCUUGCAAAGCACGGCUAUUAGCGGCUUAGCGGCUAUUAACGGCUUAGCGGCUAUUAACGGCUUAGCGGCUUUAAGAAAAAGGAAAUAAACUCGCAAGAACUCGCAAGACGUUUCGUCUUGCGAAGCAAGCCCAUAGGGAAAUUCGUCUUGCGGAACGACUUAAAAAAUGGAAAACUCUUUCGUCUAGCGAGUUUUUCGUCUUGCGGGGCAUUCGUCUUGCGGGGCACCACUGUACCAAUAAUGUCAAUUUUUGAAAAAAAGGAAUAGCCACAUUGAGAGAGAGUAUUGUCUCCAACUUUCAAAUAUAUUGCCAGCUUCCUUUAGGAAUAGGGAAUUUCAAAUCAAUUUCCAUUGUUACCUACAUUUCUCAUUGCUAGACUCAAGAUAAAUCUGGAUAACAUAAAUUUUAGAAUGUGGACCUUUCAUUGGUUUGGUAUUAAUUACAAAGGUUUCAAACUCAGUUUUCGGUAUAAAUUUCUGUUUUGUUCAAUAAUUUGGUUGGAAAAGAGACUGCAAGUGCCAACAAUAUGUAUACAUAUUUGUGUAAGGGUUUCAUGUUAUGUGCAGUGAUUUUUACCAUACUAUGAUAGCCAUUCUUACCCAGCUAUUCUGUGCCUGCAUUACCAUUUGCGCAGUAUGGUUCAUCAAUAAAUCUUCUGUUUUAAAAUCGUUUGCUUGGCUUUCCUGUAAAUGUAGAGUCUUUGUUAGGAACUCAGACUAUUUCGUUUUCUCUUUCUUAGGCUUUGCAUCUUCAACCACAUACUCAUCAGCAGCCGCGCCACCUGUUACAGCAAGCACAGUAGUUUAUACAAGGCCUGCAAUAAGUACUUUCUCCGGAACUGUUUCAGGACUUGGAGAUGCUUUGAAACAAGGGUCAGCCCAUUGGCAGUGCGAUACGUGUCUUGUGCAAAACAAGCUGGCAGAUACCAAAUGUGUAGCCUGCCAAGCCGCUAAAGUGCCGAUGUCAGAUGGUACUAAGCAGACUGGUACUCAGUUUAACUCAGCCUUGAAAGCAGCUCAUUCUACAAAGGGGACACAGGGCUUUGGAGACAAGUUUAAGGCAGCAGCUGGAACUUGGGACUGUGAUACUUGCUUGGUCCAGAACAAACCGGAGGCUACAAAAUGUGUGGCAUGUGAGACACCAAAACCUGGGACAGGAGUAAAACCAGCCUUUGUGUUUCCUGCAGUCACAGACAAUGUAACAACAGUGACUUCCUCUUCUGGCUCUACUGAUCUCACAGUCAGUUUGGGAUUUGGAGACAAAUUCAAGAAGCCAAAAGAUGCUUGGGAAUGUUCUGUGUGCUUAGUGUCAAAUAAGGCAGAGGAUAGCAAAUGUGUUGCCUGUCAGUCGGACAAACCAGGUGAGUUUGCCGUAUUUGGUCAUUGAUUAGGGUGGACAUAUCCAGUUAUAAUCCUAAACUUCUUUAUUACGACAUGGAACUUAGUUUUGAGGAAACAGGCAUUGUGCUGUGUGAAGAACCCUAUGUUGAAAAGAAAACAAUAGAGGGCACCACUGAAUAUUUACUGGAGUUUUAAUAUGUAAGAACAUAUGGGAAGUACAGACGACUAACAUUUCAUGCGUGGGUUCUGUUUCUGGCCCCUGCGCUCACCAGCGGAGCGUGCCCCACCUACAUUUUGGAUUCAAAAGGACCCGCGUGUCUGUGAUUGCAUACCAUUCGGAUGCACCUAAAAUAGUCACCACCUGUAUUUGAAUUAUAUCCAGUGCUAGUCCCACUUGCAGUAGAUCCAUUAAAGUUAGGGGGCAUGACUUAGGUUAAUUAAUUUCAGUGGGUGGGAUUCACCUAAUGUACCUCCUCAGCAGAAGCCCUGCACAACGACCUCAGCUUUCUCAACAGGGCCCCUCACCUCAUGUCCAUGAAAUUGGCUCAGGGGUUGGUGUUUCAGGAGGACCCCCCCAAGGACAGCAUGGUGGGGGUAAUUAUUCCAUUUGGCAAGCUGCAACACUUGCACAAACAGAACAUUUGUAAUAGUGCAUUGCUCAUUUCCACCUACUGGGUCUACACUGAGUAGAACUUAGUUGGAUAUUACCCCCAUUUUACCUAUUUACAGUUAAAGUCCCUGUUCUUAACCCUUAUUUUUGUCACUAUGUGGUAUGGUAACCAAGCUAACAUGAUGGUCAGCAGUAAGAAAUAGUGUCUCAGCCUAGUGACACCGUUGGGCAAUAUCAAAGUUUUGCUACUAUAUAAUGUACUAUAUAAUGCCUUUUGUUUGAAGUAAAGUGGAGGGGUUCUGAAAAGAGCACAUACUGUUUUUCACUGUUCCUUUCUGUAUUUUUAUAACUGAUAGUUCAUGCAUCCAUGUGACUUCAAGAAAUAAACUUGACACUAGGACUAAGACGUCACCCUAACCUGAAAUUCUGUAUUCAUGUAGCAAACUAGAUAGGCUCUUAUGAACUUUAGUUUCACUCUGAUUAAGUCUGAUCUCUUAGAAGCCCAAACUGAAGGACAAGGCAGUUACCUUUUAUUACCUUUCCUACCUGGAUUUUAUUUGAUGGUAAAACAAUGCAGAUUUUUAUAUUGUGUCCUUAAAAUAGAAAAAAAUAUAAGAACAGUAAUUUUCUCCCAGUUAUUCAUGAAAUAAAUGGAAUUUUAUAGCUUUCUGAAACUAUUUUGCAUGUUACCUUGAACAGUUAGUUCGUGAGGUUGUCACUGGUAUAUUAAUUACUAUAGUACUGAAUUUAAGAAGAUAAUUUCCCUUGUCAAAAUUAUGGUUCUAGUGAUUUCAAAAUACUCUAGUUGGUUUACAAAUAUUUUUCUCUUUCAACCUCACCUGAGAUCUCUUAUGAAGAUGUUGAAGAAAAUAUCACCCAUUUCCCCAUAAAAAUAAAGACACAGAAAAUGUCAUAAACUGGAAUACCUAACAAUUAAAAAGUAUGGGCAACUUUAAUUGUUGCUUCAGAUGAAGAAUACACAAAUAGCACUUGCUAGGACAGAGCAGGAAAAAAUUGCUAAAUUCUAGGUGUAUAUAUCAUUUUCAUUUAGAUGGUUUAGAUUGCUUUAACAUAGCAAGUUUUCCUACUCUAAGGGCAAUUAUUGCAGUUCGGAUAACUCAGUUUCUAAGUUUCUCUUGCAAGUUUCAAAUAGGUAUUUUCAGCUUUGUUUUUGGUCUACAUGGGCAGAACUGCUAAUGGUUUACUUUAUGCUAUGUUUCAUUAUCUAGGAAGUUCAGUGCCUGUGGUGAGUAGCAGUGCUUCCUCUUUACCUGCUCUUUCUGGAGGAUUUCUAGGCUUAGACAAAUUCAAGAAGCCGGAGGGAAGCUGGGACUGCGAAACAUGCUUAGUACAAAACAAAGCAGAUGCCACAAAGUGUGUUGCUUGUGAGAGUUCAAAACCAGGCAGCAAGACUGAACUCAAAGGUACGUAAAGAGUAUAAAUGCUCUCUCAAAAAAUCAUGUGUGCGUAUUUUGCUCCUUAAUUUUCUCCUCCUUUUUAAUUUCCCCCUCUACCCACGACUCAUGCUUUCACCUCUAAAUAAGGAGAGCCAUGCCCAGAAGCAGUUUUCUGCAGUUGUGUCACUUGUUGGAUCCAAAACUGCUCGGUUAAGUCAGAUAAAAGUACCUGAAAAGCACAUCUCAAUGUGGAUGAGAUGCAUAUUCAAAUCUAUGUUAAGUGCAUAUUCAUUGAAAACAAAGGAGUGAAUAUAGAUCGGAUCUCAUCUGCAAUGGAUACACCUCCAAUUUAUCCCCCAAUCCUUUAAACUCUGAGAGGUCCCCUCACCCUAUCAAGUUAAGGAACCUUUGGGACUAAUUGCCUCCCCCCCCCCCAAAAAAAACCCCUUUCUCCUCCAGGCAGCCAAAAGACAUUGUCUGAUUUCAGGGAUGUAGUCCAGCUGACAAAAUCACUCAAGGGUUCAAGGCAGGGCCAGAAAGGGGUAUGUUGCCUGGGAAGUCCCAAGGACUAGGUAGAGAGGUCUAGAGAGUAGCAUUUGUCCUGGGCCUAAGCUUAGCCUUUCCUUUUUUUAAUCAGUUUUUAUUGGUUUUCAUAAAUAUAUCAUACAUUAUUCAGCUUAACCAAGCAAUCGUUUUAUAAAUUCCCCCCUCCCACUUGGCUUCCCUCCGUUUCCGUUUUUGGUUUGUUAAACCAUUUGUUGCAUUCUGCUUCUUAUAUGUACAGUGGUACCUCCGGUUAAGUACUUAAUUCGUUCCAGAGGUCCAUUCUUAACCUGAAACUGUUCUUAACCUGAAGCACCACUUUAGCUAAUGGGGCCUCCUGCUGCCACUGCGCUGCCGGAGCACGAUUUCUGUUCUCAUCCUGAAGCAAAGUUCUUAACCCGAGGUACUGUUUCUGGGUUAGCGGAGUCUGUAACCUGAAGCGUAUGUAACCCGAGGUACCACUGUAGUAAUAUACUAUCACAUUGUUGUCUUUCUUGUUCGCUCUGAUUACAUUAUGUAUGUUUAUUUAAAUCCUGCCAAAGAGUCCAUACUUUUACAUUGUUUCUACAAAUAUGUUACAAAAGGUUCCUAUUCUUUUCCAAAGUCACUAUUAUCUUUUUCACACAGUUUAUCUGUCAAUUUUGCUAAUUCUGCAUAUUCUAUCAACUUUUCAUGCCAUUGUUCUUUGGAUGGUAUUUCUCCCGUCUUCCAGUUUUGUGCUAUUAGAAUUCUUGCUGCUGUUGUCGCAUAUAUAAAUAGUGUCCUCAAUUCUUUCUUCACAUCUUGUCCUAAAAUACCCAACAGAAAAGCUUCUGGUUUCUUUACAAAUGUUACUUUAAACAUUUUUUUCCAAUUCAUUAUAAAUCAUUUCCCAAUAAUUUUUUACAAUCUUACAUUCCCACCACAUACGGUAAAACGUCCCUUCAUUUUCUUUACAUCUCCAGCAAAUCUUUUGUUCUGUUUUGUACAUCUUUGCUAAUUUAACUGGUGUGAUUUACCACCUAUACAUCAUUUUCAUGUAAUUCUCUUUUAUUAAAGUACAAUCCGUAAACUUAAGAUUUAUUUUCCAGAGCCUUGUUCAAUCCUCAAAUCAGCCAUUCCUGAAUCAGGAGCACAUGCCUCCUGUAACUUCACAUUCCCAUCUCUGCAGUCCUUUAAAUGGCAGUUUCCCCCUCUUACAGAUGGAGAGGGAAAGAGGAGAGAAACUGGGCUUGGUGCAGUUGAGCACUUUAUGGGGAUAGGUCCCAGACUGAAUGAAAGCAAGCUCUUCUCGAUUUCCUUUUACUGAACCUUCCAAUUCCGGUUAAAGGGGACAUGCCUGCAUGCUGCUCUCUGCUGCCAGCAAGUCUUGGCAGCCUGAGAGCUGUGUACAUGGUUAUUAACCCAUUUGUAGCAAUUGUGCGGCUGCUGCUGUUUUCUACCUGCCCCCCACCUUUCAAAGUAAGAUUUUCCUGCAUUCCUCAGGGAUAGUCCUCUCCUGUCUACACUGGCUCCCUCCCCUCUCCUUUCUCCAUCCCUCAGCAUUCAGAACAUGCACUUUACAAACAAGGGGGACUGAUUUCAUUCCAGUGAAAUUUGCUAAACUUGCUUUUAAAAAGGCAAGUGGCCUUUGAAAAAACAUACUUUUAUAGAAUAUCCUAGUCUUCAAAUAGAAUUCAUUAAAUCCCCCCAGAAUGUGACCAUGUGUAGUCAAACUUGUCAUGUGUGUAGUCACACCCAUAAUUACAUUAUCUUAAUAGAAUAUUUUUAAUUCUUUCAGUAACAUUUUACAUACACCUCUAUCCACUUUAUGUUAAUGGUGCUGAUACCAUCUUCAAAUCUACUGAGGAAAAUACAUUUACCUCUUGCCAAAUUACUUUGUGCUUAUUUCCUAACCUGAACUCAUCAGUAAUCUGUGAGCUAGAAUGAGUUAUUAUAACACCAGUUAUGGUGGUGAAGAGAAUUCACAGUAUUGGGAAGUGAGAAUGAUUAUUUUUCUAACAAAAAACAUUUUUUUUACAUAAAAAUGUUGCUAUGAUUGAUUUACAAAACAACUUGACCCUGCAGCAUUUCUCUAUAUAAAAAAGGUUAUGUUGGGUUUGUAACACAUUUGGUGUUUUAUGUUAUUUUCAGGUUUUGGAACUGCUGCUGCUUCUACAGUCCCAUCUACUACUUCCUUCAAAUUUGGUAUUCAGUCAUCACCAUCAGAGCUGCCUCAGACACUGGGAAAUGCAGAAAAAAGUUUCAAAUUUGGAGAGCAAACAGGAUUCAAAUUUGGUAUUACAUCAGAGCUGGGAUCAUCAACAAACACAGUGACUGGAGGCUUUAAAUUCUCGAAAACAGAAGGGUCCAAACUGGGAAGCUUUCCUUUGGAAUCUGAAUCGGAGGACAAUGUGAAAGAUGGCAAGAGCAAUAGUAGUUUCAACUUUGGACUUCCCUCUGGGGCUAAAAGUACACCCUCUACAUCAUUUCAGUUUGGAAUAGCUAACCUUGGACAGCAAGAGAAGAAAGAGGGACUUAGCAAGCCUGCUGGAGGAGGCUUUACUUUCGGCACAGGUUCCACAGCCUCUGCAGCUGCUCCUGAGAGUAAAACUGGAAUAAGCGGUUUCAAAUUUGGUAAUACAGAGGAAAAGGAAACUUCAGUCACUCCCUUCUCCUUUAAGAAAGUGGAGGAGAAAAAAGAUGAAAACCCUUCCACAAAAGGUGGCUUUACUUUUGGUAAUGUAGAAUCCGUGCCCACCCCGCAGCUUGUUUUGGGAAGGACAGAUGAAAAACCGGACACUGUUGCCCCUUCCUAUCCAUCAGUGUUUGGAAAGAAAGCAGAAAAUGAAGAGUCAAAGGCACAACCCAUGUUUCCAUUUGCGAAGGCAGAGCAAACCAAAGAUGACAGCACAGCAAAAUCUGGAUUUAGUUUCAGCCUAGCAAAACCAGCAGAGAAAGAAACUGAACAACAAGCAAAGCCCGCUUUUAUGUUUGGAGCACAAGCAAGCACUGCAGGUAGGUACAAAAAUUCCUUAUAAUUUAUCCCAUCAUGUUGUGAAACGGAUUUUUUUUUACAGGUGAUUUAAGAAACUGAACUAUGAAGAGACCCUGAGAGCAAUGAUAGAGGCUUGUAAUAUUAUCUCUGUUGUCCUUUUGCUUUGGAAAUAUACUGUUAAUGAACACCACUUGCUGGAAGCCUACAGAAGUGGUUUAUUUUGAAAUGUUUGGGAAGUGUUCUUGGAAAAGGCAAAUACCCCUUAGAUAGCUUAAGGCAGGGGUCAGCAAACUUUUUCAGCAGGGGGCCGGUCCACUGUCCCUCAGGCCUUGUGGGGGGCCGGACUAUUUUUUUGGGGGGUGGACGACGACAAAUUCCUAUGCUGCACAAAUAACCCAGAGAUGUAUUUUAAAUAAAACGACACAUUCUACUCAUGUAAAAACACGCUGAUUCCCAGACCGUCCGUGGGCUGGAUUUAGAAGGCGAUUGGGCCGGCUCCGGCUCCAGGGCCUUAGUUUGCCUACCCAUGGCUUAAGGCCUACAGUGGGAAACUAGCCAUACAAAUAAGGUACGCAGUUCCUGUAGGACUGUAAUCUCUCGAUAAAGCUCAGUGCAAGCUCAGGCAACCUGCCCGUAGAUAGGGUGCAAAUAUGAUGCUUUGUAACAACCCAUUUGAUCUACUAAUUGGAGUCUUACAAACAUUUUAUUUAAGAAUUCUGACAGCAAACCUAAUUAAGAGACAAACUGAGUUUAUUUUAGAAGAGUUGGUAGAGGGGACUAUUAUUUACACUUAAAUAUUUUAAGUGAAUAUUGUAGAUAUUCUUUUGCUAUGGAAUAGCAGCCAUUUCUGAUUUUAAAUCCCUAGGAUUGCGCAUAGAUCAUUUAAUUGCGAGCUUUUGGAAACUGCUGUCACCAUUAGGUUUGGGAUGCUGUUCAGUUGAAUGACUUAUCACCAGGCUGUAGGUCUUUACAGUGGCUGAUUAUAAAACAUUAAACAAAACUGUAUUUGUAGGUACUUCAGUUUCCAGGGUGAAUAUCAAAUAAAUCAUGACAAAUUUUGUGGGAUGCCGUAGGGGUCCCAAAUAACCAAGAAGAACUCUUCAAUCUUUUGAACAUAUUUGGCACAUGUUUAAUGUGCAUAACAUAGUUGGCUAUAAAUAACUGUUUGCAAUACUUAAGGAUUUAAUUUUCAUCAGUUAAUUAAAUUUUGUCCUUGGCAUCAGUAUCUCUUAUAGCUUUUCUAAAUUAAUGCUUUAAAUGCUUGACUAUUAAGUUCACUGAGUUGGGGUUUUUUUUACUGGUCAAAUAGCCAAUACUAAACAACAGCUCUUAAAGAAAGCAAUGCUUUCAGAGUAGGAAAUUGGAACAGGAAUCAUACUUUGAAAAAAUGAAUACAUUAAUUGAACGAGAAUUGUACGUAACAAUCUUUGCACAUGGAUAAUUAUGAAUGAAUGAUUUCACAGGAGCUGGGGGAAAAUUACAAUCAGGGAAAUAACCACAGAACAUCAGGGUAUUAUAAUUACUGUUUUAUUAUUUAUUACAAGGGGAGAGAGAUAGCAUGGAGCAAGAGAACGAAGACACAAAGUUCAGUAACAACUUAUGAUAGAUGCAAGAUGGAAAAGGAAGCCAAUACUAGAAAUUGGACAUGGGAAUCAUAUGGUCAAAGCAGUGUGCAUAACAUCAAAUGAACAGAAGAAUUGAGAACAACGAUUCUUAAGAUGGAGGAGCAGGAAGACGGGAAUAUAAAACAUUACACUGAUUGAGUCUGGAAUAAGGGAAUGUAAAAGUGUCCCCAUUAUAGAAAGAGACUAGUGAUCUUAGAGUUAAGAAAAACUGGAUUUGAAGACAAGGGAAUUAUGUGGAAAAAAUAAUCCAAGCAAAUGUAAGGAAAGGGAAAAAUAAUUUCGUGAAAGAAGAAUUGAGAAAGAACAGGCAGGAGGCAAAACCAAUGGGUUUGGUUUUAGAUAAAAUAGGAGCUUAGUGGGAAGACAUUUGGUGAGGCAUCUAGAACUAUUGAGAGAAGAGGCAAGAUCAUGGGCAGGAAAAUGGAGAUGUAAGUCAAUAGGUUAAAAACAGUUUAAGAUAAAGACAUGGAUAAUGGAAGCAAAAGGAAGAUUAUAUAGGACACCUGUAACAGAACACUGUAGGUCCUAGGAAUCAGUCUCUUUUACUCAAGAGUUUUACUACAGUUUUACUAAAUUAAAACAAAAUAUAAAGGAGAGGGAGAAAAGUAAAGACUGUUGAGGAAAAUAACGACAUUAGUUUAAAAAAAAUGCUAUUCAGGCUUUUUAACCAAGAUCAGACAAAACAAUGGAAACAGGAAAAAAUAGAAUAUUGGAAGGAGGUGGAGGAGAUCCUGGGAUAUAAAAAUAAGAUACUGUACUUCACAUUUAUCUAGCCGCCACUGAGUAUUCAACGCAUUUUGCAUACAUAAUUUGAAAUUUGAGUGUCCCCCCCUCCCAGUAAAAGUAAUGAAAAUGGAAUGAAGACUAAACAAGUCAAAAGCAGUACUAGUAGAGGAAAGAGAAUGCAAGCAUGGCCCACUGAAGAAUUUUGGAAACAUGCUGAAGGAGAAAAAUAGAAUGAUAGAGGAAAUGGGAGAGUUGAGAGGAAGGUUUUUUGGAAGUAAUGAGAGUAUGUCCAAGAGAACAGUAUGUGAAGAUGAAGAGAAUAUCAACAUAGGAGCUAAACACAGAGGAGCUAUAGGAGAAGCAUAAAGAAGGAAUAGAGUGAAGAGUGAAAAGAGGCUGGUUGGAAAAAUGUUUACCAACAUAGGCCAGGGUUUAUUCAAGGUGAAAAGGAGAAGGAAUAUCAGACCAAGAAUACAAACUUGACACCCUCUGCAGUUCUGCCACUGUUGCAUUGUCAUUUGCAUGUGGUUGGUAGAGCAACUGCAAAGUUCAAUCAAGGCCUUGCUAUUUAGAUCACGUUCUGGCACACAAAUACAUCUAUGUCAACCCUGUCUUCAUGUCACCUGACAUCAGGAUAUCUUAUUGCAAAGUGGGUGGCAAUUGAUCAACCUGGUGUAGCAGUCCUAUGCCUUGGUGCAAGCAUGGUGCUGACCCAUUUCAGGCAAUAUUGGUUUAAAUUAUCUAUGGUUUAUCAGAAGGAGCACUGUGCCUGCACAUCCCAUGGGGUGUUAAAACAAUAAUUUCCUGUAACAUAUGAACUGAGAAAUUGUGACCUCAUCUCCCAACUACAAACCAGGAUUUGAAAAUUCAAGUUUGAUAUUCUGCUUUUUAUUUAACUUUAUUUAACAUUUAUUUUUAAUUAAUUAAAUCAUACUUUCUUGGUGCAAAUAUAAUGGGCAACUGUUUGUGAUUUAGUUUUGGGUUAUGGCUCAUUAGAGAAGAAACCAUGUUGAGCAUAGUGCUUGUCCCAAGUUCAGUAAAUCGUGAUUUAUUGGACAGCAGUUGUCAUACCUGAAAUGACUGGCCAUUGUGUCUCAUAACUGUGAUGCCAUUUGUGCAAAACAUGAUAUAGCUUUCAUAGGAUUCUUAGUUGAAUUUUCCCAUGGACAUUUCUGCAUGCAAUUCCUGAAAUCCUUUACGGCAUCUAAAAUCUAGCUUUCUACUUCUCAGCCAGUGAAUGGAAGUGGAAGUUGUUCAGUUAAGAUCCACAGUUAGUUUUACAGCUGUUGAGGAAGGGAUAAAAUACAGGAUUCAAGAUGAUGAAGAACUGAGCCAAAGCCAACAAAUGAAUUUAAAAGAUAAAUGUAAGGAUCUGUGCUUAUCUAGACUUCUAGAUAGUAAGCCUGAGGUCAGAGACUGUUGUCUUUUUGGUAACACUCACCUGAUCUGCUAUGUACAGUUCUGGGCACCACAGUGCUAUGCAUUCUACUGAAAUUUGAGUUUAGUCCAGAGGAGGGCAACAAAGAUGGUGAGGGGCUUGGGAACCAGGUCCUAUGAGGAAAGGUUGAAGGAGAUGUUUGUGUUUACCCUGGAGAAGAUAUGAUUAAGAGGUGAUAUUGAUAGCCCUCUUCAAAUACAGUGGUACCUUGGGUUACAAACACUUCAGGUUACAGACUCCGCUAACCCAGAAGUAGUACCUCGAGUUAAGAACUUUGCCCCAGGAUGAGAACAGAAAACACACGGCGGCGGCGGCAGGAGGCCCCAUUAGCUAAAGUGGUAUCUCAGGUUAAGAACGGUUUCAGGUUAAGAAUGGACCUCUGGAACAAAUUAAGUUUGUAACCAGAGGUACCACUGUAUUUGAAAGCUAUCACACAGAUGAUGGAGCAAAUUUGUUUUCUAUUACUCCAUGGGGUAGACCCUAAUCCAACAAAGUGCAAAUUACAAAAACCUAAAUUUCAGCUAAACAUUUCUGACAAUAUAAGCUGUUUGGCAGUGAAACGAACUGCUAUUGGACUUCCCUUCAUCAGAGACGUUUAAAAAGAGGCUGGGUGGUUACCUAUCAGAGAUGUCAUAGUAGUGGGUUUCCUGUACUGGAUCUUUGAUAUACAAGCCAACACAGAUUCUGUGAUCUAGCUUUACUCUGCAUCUUCAUUUCUUUCUAAAAAUAAUGUUAAUCCCUUUCACUUUCAGAUCCAGGAUCAUCAAAGUCUACAUUUGGCUUCCUGAGCUCUAGUUCCUCCAACACUGCUGUGCAAAGUGUUGCUGCUGCUGCUGCUGGUGCUGGUGGUGGCGGCGGCAGUGGCGUGUUCAGCAGCACCACCUCUUCCUCAAAUCCUGCCCCACCAAGCUUUUUGUUUGGACAGGCCAGCAACACUGUGAGCAGCUCUGCUUUUGGUAAUCCCUCUGACUCCAGUACAACCCAGUCCUUUGGGUUCUCCCAAGAGAACAAGCCACCAACAACCACUUCCAAUACAAGUGCUCCUGCUCCAUUUCUUUUCGGUACAGCAGCCACCACUAACAGUGCAGCCAACACUGGCUUCAGUUUUGCAGCAGCCACCACAACAGCAGGUCCUGCAGGUAUGCUUAGAACUUGAAGAGAUUUGGUUUGUGGCUAUCUAUUGAGGGAUUUGUUUUCCAGAAACUUGGCUGUACAACAACAUACAGAGAGCUUUGAAAAAGAUUGACUUGGCAAACUUAUCAGUGCUAUGACAGUUACGUUCCAUAACAAAUUCAACUGAUUCAAAUUGAAUGAUACUUAUAUAAUGUUCUUCCUAAGUGGGGGGGGGGGGGAGAGACCAGCUUUUCUAAAGCUACCCAGUGUGGUGUUGGCUGAGCUGACAUUGAACCAGGGAUUGCGCAGUUCAUAAUCGUAACUAGCAGUGCUACACCAGCUACAUACAUUCCAUUGAUGGGCUCUAUGUGCGUCAAAUACUGAUGUAAUGUUUUACUGUAGCAACGUGAAUGUUCAAAACAAUGCUUUCCUCUGCACUGACUGGAAGUCUUCUUCCUCCUGCUACUUUGCCUUCAGCCAGCUGUCUCUUGAUGCCUUCUGUUUUCCCUUUGUCAAUGUGCCUACCUUCCCUUCAAUUGUUUCCCGUUGCAAAAAUGGAGUGCAGUGUUACAGUGGCAACACGUAUGUGCAUUAGUUUUAGGCACUUGAUGUUCAGUAGAGGACUGCUUUCAUCCCUAGCAGUGGAUUGACCUGGUGAUAAGCUUCAUAUGUACCCAUUUUUAACAGUAGUUUACUCUGAGGCACGGUCACAUGCACUUUUGGUAGGGACGCUUCUGACAGUUUACAUGCAGGAAUUAGCAAUGCAAAUCCACUUGUAGUCAGAGAUAAAAGAGCAGGUAGAGUUAUUGAACAUUUCAGGUAGUUUAACAUUAAAGAUCAGCUGAAAUAAACUGUUAAAUAAGCAAAAGCCUAUAUACCCCAGGGUAGAGUCUAAAGAGUUAGAUUCUUAACCACCGAGAGCAGUUCUCAAGUUUAUUCUGCUCACUUGUUUUUCUAGGUUCAUCCUCUUCAUUUGUGUUUGGUUCUGGGUCUUCAGCUCCUGCAACUGGUCCUGCAUUUGGUGCCAGUCAAACACCAACAUUUGGUCAAAGUCAAGGCUCCAGCCAGCCCCCUGCUCCAACCUUUGGAUCACUCUCCUCCUCAUUAUUUUCUACUGGUGCUCAGCCUGCGCCUCCAGCUUUUGGCUCCGUGUCAAGCAGUACACAGCCUCCUGUCUUUGGACAACAAACUACCCAACCACCUAGUUUUGGCUCUAGUACAGCUCCUAAUUCUGGUAAGUGCAACCUCUAGAGGUCUUGCAUUGUAGGCUGGUGGUGUUGCUAAGGCAGAGCUAUGUUUAAGUUGUUCCAUCCUAAUUUUUCAGUCGUCUUUGCAUGCUAACCUGUGCCAGCAUCAUGAGUGCCACUUUAAAAUACUUCUUGAAUCAAAUUGUUUGCAAAUUAACUAGUGAUUUGAAAAGUUGAGUAGUAUUGAUAUAAUACUAGAAACAGAAAAUGAUCUCGAUAGGUUUCAAGUGGUAUGUGCUUACCUUAAUAUAGUAUGCAUGGAAGGUCAAGUCAAAUGUCAAAACAUCUGUACAACGGAGCACAGGUGAUUUCUUGGUUUGAGAAUCCCUUAUACACAGACACAUUCUUUGUGCAAAUGGCAUAGAAUUUAUAAAUGAUAAGUUCCUUUUAACUCUGCUCAGAAUUUUUUGUUUUGUAUUGAUAAAAUUACACCUCAGUGGGAUACUGAACAUAGGAGUGUAAAAUGUUUACGUGGAGAAAGAUAAACAUUAUUGUCAAAAACACACAAUGUAUUUUGAAAGAUCUAGUUCAGGGGUCAGCAACCUUUUUCAGCUGUGGGCUGGUCCAUCGUCCCUCAGACCAUGUGGUGGGCCGGACUAUAUUUUGGUAAAAAAACAACACACAAAUUCCUGUGUCCCACAAGUAACCCAGAGAUGCAUUUUAAAUAAAAGGACACAUUCUACUCAUGUAAAAACUUGCUGAUUCCCAGACCGUCCGCAGGUGAUUGGGCCAUAUCCGGCCCCCAGGCCUUAGGUUGCCUACCCCUGAUCUAGCUGCUUUUCUCCAAGAAUACUGAUGUGAUGCUUUGUGUGAUACAUCUCCUUUAUUGGAAUAUUUUUUCCUCUGAAGAUCCAUGGCUUUGUACAUACUUUAUGAAUCAUUUCAGCCAAAAUAUAAUCCAAAGAGCUAAUGCUUAGGAUAUAUGCUAUCUGUUGCACUGUGUAACACACGACAGAAAACGAGAAAGUUAGCCAGAAACAAAAAACUACAUUAGCUGUGCCAGUGGAUUUGGACAUGGCGAAGUGGAUUUUUUUCUUUUUUGUAUUAGAAACUGCUUUUGAAGGUUGCAUUGGUUUCAGAAGAGUUUUGCCAUGUAGCAUCGGAAGGUCUUGUUAAAUAAAUGUGUGUGCUGCUCUUGAACAUUUUUUUUUAAUUAUUAUUAUUAUUUUAGAUUUAGCUCUGUGGAAUCCAGAAUAUCAUAUUGGUGCACUCCAGCAAUGCAGUAGUUGCUUUGUGAACUACUAUACUUGCAUUCUCCUUCUUUUUAAUCACCUAUUUAGUGCUUCUUAAGAAAUUAAAGUUCCCCAUAGACAGAUAAUUGCGAAACAAUGCUUUUCAUCCAAGAGGCUAAGUCUUGGUUAUCUCGCUCUCUUAGGCCCGGUGUUCCAGUUCGGAAGUAGUACUAAUUUCAACUUUACAGGCAACAGCCCAGGAGUAUUUACCUUUGGUGCAGCUUCUGGUGCUCCAGCACAGCCUGCAGGUGGCUCUUCGGGAUUUUCAUUCACCCAGCCUUCAUCAUUUAACCCAGGGUAAGAAGGGGUUAAGACUUGGCAUGAUAGUGUGGCAGGGUGUAUAUAUAUUGAAGGUGCAAUCUCCUAGUGCUUCCAUGCACAUGUUGUAAUGUAAGGGAAUCAUUUUCAGGUACAUCUAUGGGAAUUCCACACUACUGAAUAGCAUUGCCGGGGUGGGAGGCAGGAUGAACUUUGCAUUAAUUGAAUCUACAGAUUUGCUGUAAAUUUAAAUUUCAAUCUAACUGUGGCUAUUGGAAAUGAAUAUUUAAAGCUGAUGGCAUUAAGCCUUUCAGAUCAAUUAUACGCCUGCAGCUAUCCUUGAAACAAAAGUUUAGAUUACAACUCCUUAACUGAGUGACAUAAUCUCUAAAAAAUGAUGUAUUUAGUAAAUGAUCUAUGGGAUACUUACUCAAGUGCCUGGUUUUUUACAGUGGAUUUUUUUUUCCAUUUUUGUUCCACAAUAUUAGAAGCUUUAAGACAUAUGACUAUCACUUUUAAGUUCCUCAUGUUUAAUUCUUUUCCUCCCUAAAGCAGGAAUAAUGGGAAAAAUAUAUUCUCCACAUCUGGAUCUUCGCAGCCUGUUCGGAAGAUAAAGACAGCUGUUAGACGUAGAAAAUAA